UCUCUCUCUCUCUCUCUCCCUCUCCCUCUCUCCUUCUCUCUCUCCCCCUCUCCCUCUCUCCAUCUCCUGCCAUGUCCCCAUCGGUCCCUGCCCUCGGGGCGAGCGAUGACUCCUGAGCUGAGCGCUCUGCUCCGGAGAGGCCCUUGGCUCCUCUGCCUCCCCUCCUCGCCAGAUCAGGAACGCGUGCCGGCACCCCUCGCGCGCACAGGCGCAAACCCGAAAUGCAGCUCGCCCGCGGCUGCGCCCUGGUGCUGCCCCUGUGGUGGCGGCUCGCGCUGAGCGCCUCGCUCAGGUCCGGCGGCUCGACGGCCUCCAGCUCCCUUCUGCAGGUAGAGGCGGAGGACCGCCGCUUCUGGUCCGGGCAGUGGGACAAGCUCGAGUCGGAGCUCCAGCGCCUGCAGGCCGCCGUGGACGCGGUCGGCAACAACAGCUCGACGCACGUCGCCGCGGUCAGAGAGGCCGUCCCCUCCAACGGCACGAAGCGGCACCACGUCAAUCCCCUCGCCGGCAUCAAGCUGAACUUGAAUCCGAAAAGCACCGCGGAUCUUCUCCCGGCGCUCGCCAUGCUCAAGUCGCUCUACGAGGAGGGUAAGCAGAACAUCGCAAACCUGAACGAGCGCGAGAAGCAGUCCAAGACCUUCAUCGAGGAGAAGGAGGCCCAGCACAAGAAGAAGCUGGCAGAGAUCGAGGCGAAAUUCAAGAAGGGCGUCCUCUCCGCCGAGUUCCGCGCCAACGAGACGCGCGACGAGCAGCGCUCGUGGACCUACUGGUCGCAC